GCCUCUCCAGCCGCCGUGCCCGCUCUCCUGCCCGUGCCGCCCUCCCCGGAGCCCGUGCGGCGGCACCGCCCGGGUGCGGACCCGUGGCUGUGCCCGUGUGCCCCGUGCUGUCGGUGGUCCUGCCUCGCACUUUGGGUGACGCUGAAAACUACCACCGAACCCUCUCUCGCUGCUCCUGCUGCUAGAGGGGGGCUCCCGUAGGCACACGCACAGCUGCCGUCCCGCUGUCCCGUCUCUCCCCAUCCCACACGGACAAUAGUCCCGGCUGGCUGCCCGGGUGUCCCCCGGGCCUGCCCCUGGAGCGGCCCCUGCCCAGCCUGUGCGAGGCCUCGGCAGCUCCUGGCCAGGUGUGACCCCGCUCAGCGCUGUCCGACCCCCUCCGCAGCUCGUCCUCUUUCUUAUGCCCCUUCCUAAACCAGAUGGCUUGUUAUUGCAGUUGGUCUCGUUCGGGCAUACCUGGCUAAAGGCAGCUACCACAGCCUUUACUAUUCAAUAGAAAAGCCCCUGAAAUUCUUCCAAACUGGAGCAUUGCUUGAGAUUCUGCACUGUGCACUUGGCAUUGUUCCCUCUUCUGUUGUUCUGACUGCUUUCCAAGUGAUGUCAAGGGUUUUCCUGACGUGGGCAGUAACACAUAGUGUAAAAGAGGUACAAACUGAAGACAGUGUCCUCUUGUUUGUAGUGGCCUGGACAAUCACUGAGAUUAUCCGCUACUCUUUUUACACGUUUAGCUUGUUAAACCAUCUCCCUUAUCUCAUCAAAUGGGCCAGGUACACUUUGUUUAUAGUACUGUAUCCAAUGGGAGUCUCAGGCGAAUUACUCACAAUAUAUGCUGCAUUACCCUUCGUCAGGCAGUCUGGCUUGUAUUCCAUUAGUUUACCUAACAAGUACAAUUUCUCUUUUGACUACUAUACAUUCUUGAUCCUGGUUAUGAUCUCUUACAUUCCAAUCUUUCCUCAGCUGUAUUUUCAUAUGCUACACCAGAGGCGAAAGGUGCUCUCCCACACUGAAGAACAUAGGAAGUCGGAGUAAUUCCAACACUUUUUCAGAACUUUUCAAACAUCAAAAUGCUGCAGUUUUUCAAUACCCAGCACAUUUGUAAAGAGUAUACCAAGAUAAGUCAGAGGUAAAAGACCAAUAAUUUAGCAAGAAUAACCAAUAAAUCUGAUUCCACUGAAAUCCCAAGUGUAAAACAUUGAAAUAUUUUCAGCUUACAGUGCUUCAGAAAACUUUUAAACUUUAUAUGGCUUGGCAGUUAACAUUUUCCUUAAAUGAUGUGCUAAAUGAUUUUCAUUUAUUAUUAAAUGCCUGAAGGUUGCAGUAUGAGUGAUGAAGUUGUACCCACUAAAUGCCUGAAUUGGGAUUAUAUUACCAAUACCUCUUUUUUUUAAGUGCUUGACUGCAUGCCAGAAACUGUAUGUAUUUCUGUGAAAGCAAACAAUAUGCUCUGGAAUAUUUCAGGAUAAUGUCAGAGACUUCAGUGGAGAAUGUAAUCUGGCCAAAGUGUUUGAAUUUAGAAAGGUAGGUUGUGUAUUUAAAAGGUGAUGGGAACAAGAACAAGAAACCAAUUAUGGGAAAUGAGGGGAAUGUAGUUCUUUAGGAAUUUAAACAGUACAGUGUCUGACCAGAGUGUGUUCUCUGAAGAUCUUGUUUAAGCUGAAUACACAAAUGCAAAUGUUAAUUCAGAGGCUGUAAUGCUUAUCUGAAACAUUAAAACUCCUUUUAAUUACUGCAUCCCUGGAUACUUUUUUACAUAUUAAAAAAAAUUAAAAUUAAUACUAACUAUAAUAUUUCUAGUGAUACCGGUAAUGAAUCUAAACAAGAUAAGGAGGCAAGUCACCAGAAAUGUGUGCAGUUCUCCCUUUUUUACUUAAAUUAUCAUCUUUAAUCACUGUCAGUGAUACUCAUCUUUCAGUGCGGAGGACUAUUUGGUCUGCUGUGGAAUUAUCUGGGGGCCUUGUUUCUCAGCCUAACUUUUCUGAAGUGACUGGUGUGUAUCACUGUGGCACAUUCAAGCAGGCAGUUCCAGGCACUCAACUUCUGAAGUGUUGCAAAGUCAUAAGAUGCUCUUUUGAAAACAGAUUAUCUCAUUGUUACAUGCUGCUUUUGCAGACUGGACAAGCCUUUCGUCAUCUGUUCUCUUGGAAGAGUGGAAGAACACAAAGUUAUAUUUUCCUCGGUGCUUCCUCUGGGUUCUCUGGCUUAGCUUUCCCUUGGGAAGGUAAAAGAGAGAACAAGAAAGCCUUGUAGUGAGGCAGAAAGCACUAAUGCUGUGUGAGCAGUGCCCCAGGUUAUUAAGAAACUUUUGACGGGGCCAAAAGGGUAGGGAAUGGAAGGGGCAAAGGGAGCAGGGAAAUGAACAGAUACCCAAGCAAAGACAAAAGGAAAUGUAGGUUAUGGCCUUUGCUCUGUUAGGAAUUGAUAGCCCAAUAGUGUUGUGUGAACCCAGUCAGAGUCACUAGACACCACCACAUGGGCUUCUCUGGCUUCCCUCUUAUAACAUUAUGAUUUGGUGCAUAAAUGAGGUGUGACCCGUACCAUGCUACCUGCAGUACUGGGCUCGUGCUGUGCCUGCCAGCACCUCCCCCUGGACGUGCCCAACACAUCCCAGUUCUCCCUAAACACAGCCAGUAAGUACUGAGGGCACAGGCUUUCUUUUCUAGCACUUGGGAAGAGCUGAAUUUACAAUUAUUUAGGUUUAUGCUUGUCAGAGCUAUAUUUUUUAAAAAAACUUUGCAUUUUUCAUUAAUUUUCUUUGAUUCCAUCAAAAGGUCUGAAUUUUCCUAAUUCUCAGUAUAUAGCACAUUUCCUGUUUAGGCACAAACAGGGCUAUAAUAAGCAGAGAGAGGGUAAGAAACAAUAAUAAUCUUUGCUUCUAUUUUAAACACUUUGGAGCCUAUUAUUGACUAUUCAAAAAUACAAGAGGCUGUACCAAGGUGGGUGUUGGUCUUUUCUCCCAAGUUACAAAUGAUAGGACAAGAGAAAAGUGCCUCAUGUUGCACCAGGGAAGGUUUAGAUUGGAUAUUAGGAAAAAUUUCUUCAGCAGAAGGGUUGUCAAGCACUGGAACAAGCUGUCCAGGGAAGUGGUGGAGUCACCAUCCCUGGAGGUAUUUAAAAGAAGUGUAGAUGUGGUGCUUAAGGACAUGGUUUAGUGGGACUUUGCAGUGUUAGGUUGGACUUGAUGACCUUGGAGGUCUUUUCCAACCUAAACAAUUCUGUGAUUCUGUUACUGUGGCCAUAUACAGCCUCAGACUGGUUUUGGAUUCGAAGAUGCAACAGUUCAGUUCAUUUCUGCAUUAGGUUAUGUGCUUUGUUGUAGUCAUCUGAGAAAUGUUACGCUAUACUGAACUGUUUGAAAGUGUAAAUUUCCACCUCCGAACAAAACAUCUUUUGCUUAUACUUGCUGUUAAAGAAAGUGAUGUCAGUAUUUCUGAAGGAUGCCAUCUAAAAGAUCUGAUUUCCUGAUGUACUUGGGUUAUUGGAUAUUGUCGAUGCUCAGCUCCUGAACUUUCUUAAUUUGAUUUCUGGGCCCAAAUAAAAGAUUUGGUUUCAAAUUUGUUGGUCCAAUUUGGAGGAAAAAAAAUGGCUGUGUAAUACUCCAAUAUGAAACAAACUGCUGGCUCUGCUGAUGAGAAAGAUAUAGUCCAGAUCUGUGGACAGUACAAUCAGAUAGCACUGGCACCAUGGAAAAGUAGAGCGUGCUGCCAGUAGGGAGGAAAUUUGUACAACCAACACCUUUACUGAAUAAGCUUUAUCACGAAAUAUUUACUUUAAUUGAAAAUAUUAAUUUACCACACAAAUGCAAAUAAACUGCAGACUUUUAAAAGAAAUUGCUUUGCUAGUAAGAAAUUUUAUCAGCAAAGUUGAUUUAUAAAUUAUAUUCUAAAGUAUAAACAUGCAGUUAGUAUGUACAAAAAUUCAGCACUUCAUCUUGCAGUUGCUUUUUCAAGUUUAUCUUCCCUGGAAAUCACUGGAAGGUGAUCUUGAGUGAGAACUGUAGUGUGAUGCCCUAAUCCUCUUUGGGUUGUUCCUAUUGACUUUGGUCACACAUGUGGGGUUUUUCCUCAUAAAAUAAGAAAUUUCCCCUCAUCUGUCACUGAAGUGGUAAUGUGAUUUGUAUGAACUCUAUAACAGAAGCUUUGAUUGGUACUGUUUGUCACAAAUGUAGAGGGUUUUAUUUUCCCCACAGACUGUUUACUUAGCUUGCAUGUUCUCUAUCAGCAUAUCCAACCCAGCAGGCGUUCUCUGCUUUGGUGUCUCUGUUGUGUGCACUGGUUCAGUUGACAGCACUUUAUGUUCUACCAUGCUGGCUUUGUCUGAGUUAGUCACUACCCUCUAAAAGACCAAGGCUCUUACCAGUGUAUAGUUUACAACUGGAAUUGUAGAAAUGUUCAUAUUGUAAAUUACAGUAAGAUGCAGGUUACAGUGCAGAUAAAUUGUAAUUUUUCACAAUGUGAUGUUUCUAUUAAAGGUGGGGUUUUUUGUUACCAUAAUGAAGGUUGACAUUUGUGUGGACCAAUCUGCAGUGUCAUUUGAAAACCUUUUUCAGCUUAAAAUUUUCAUGAGUAUACAUCAAAUCAUGCAUUUUGAUGUAUAUGUCAGUGAAAUUUGGGUGAAAACUAUAUACAGUCAUUUUUGUAUUUUUUUCUAUGUUGUGAAGAAUAAAAUUGUAAUUUUAUAAGUCUGAUUCACUAAGAUUAUUAUAAGUUAAAUGUAUUUUUUGUAUAUUUAGGAAUCUGAUAUUACCUGGAGCUCUGAAAGAUGAAGCAUAGACUUUUUAUGCAUGGUUGAAAGAUAUUUCAACUUGAUAAUGCAGUGAAAUGGUUGGUAUGCUAAAAUACUAGUCUGUGUUGUUGCCUUGUGAAAUUGAUUCUGUGCUCUCUGCCUGGACUUGGCCUACUGAUCAGUGAUACUAAUUGCUAUAAUCCAAAUAAAAUCAUUCUGAACAAAA